GAUAACGAUUAUCAGACGACGAUCGAUCAUCAAGCAUUGUCCCCACCUGAAUCCGAAAAGUGGAAAAGUUCGGCCAAAAAUUGAGGGAUUUAUGUGAUUUCCAUUUGAUUCGACAAUGACAGGUACAUACGUCGUCCCGAGAAACUUCCGACUUUUGGAAGAGUUGGAAGAUGGCCAGAAGGGAGCAGGGGACGGAACGAUCAGCUGGGGCUUGGUCAGUGAUGAUGAUAUGAUGAUGACAGAAUGGAACGGCAUGAUCAUCGGCCCUAAUAGGUGUAGUUUUGAAGGAAGGAUCUAUAAUUUAAAAGUUAGGUGUGGUAAGAGAUAUCCUGACGAGCCACCCACUGUUUAUUUCAUCACAAGGUUAUCAUUGACCUGUGUAGACCCUCAGACCGGCGAGGUACUAAGGAACAAUUUAUCGGUUCUAGACAAAUGGCAACGAAGCUACUCUAUCAAGACCAUCCUCUCUGAGCUCAAACGCGCGAUGACGCUCAAGGAGAACGCAAAGUUACCACAACCUCCAGAGGGUGCCAAAUUUUAGUUUACCGCACACCUGCGAUUUAGUGGUUAUCUCCUUUCCUUUCUUUAUCCCUCUCUCCCUCUCCCUAUCUUUCUUUCUUUCUCUCUCUCUCUCCCUAUCUCUCUCUCCCUAUCUCUCUCUCUCC